GAAAAACAAAAAGAGGGGAGUAUGUUGUGUUUCUGCUGCCUACGAGGGUAUUGGGCGGUGCCUUUUAAGCCUGUUUUGAGAUUGAGCCAGGGCUCUCCGAAAUUUCAGCAUGGAAACGGUACUCUUUUAUGCAUCAUCACAUCUCUUGAAAGAGAGAGAUGUUUUGAGGGCUGAAAUCCCUGCAUCUUGACCAAUGGGAGUUGGGUUUUCGCCACGAGAAGUGUUUUUGUAUGGAAAGUAAGGUUUUGGGGGCUUAUUUUUCACCAAACUCUCUCUCUCUCUCUCUCUCUCUCUCUCUCUACGUGGAAGCAGGUGAUUUGGGGAUGUGGGUUUUAUCCGAAAGCUCUGGUUUUUCUAAGGAUUUUGGGGGUUUUUGAGUCCUGAUUUUUUAGAAAAAAGAUGCGGGUUUCCACCAAAUGCUCUGCUUUUAAAGGAAAAGGGUGAAGUUUUUUUUUUCUUUUGUAUCUAGUGAAGCCUCUGAAUUUUCAGGGAUAGCAAAGGGUAUUUUGGGUAUUGAAAUUCCGGCCUUGUUCAUCCAAGGCCUUUUUUUCUUCGAGAAAGAGAAGUGGGGAAAGAGAAGUGGGUUUUCACCGGAUGCUCUGACUCUAUUCAUUGCUGUUUUCUGAGCUUUGAUUUUUCAGGGACAGAAAAGUUUCUUUUGGGUAUUGAAAUUCGUGCAUUGUUCAUCCAAGGCUUUUUUUCUUAGAAAAAGAGAAGUGGGUUUUCACUAGAAUAUUUGAUUCUGUAAUCUUCAUUGCUUUGUUCUGAGCUUUGAGAGGUGAAAUGGGUUUGUGGGAAGCUUUUGAAGAAGAUCUUUCUCUGUAGAAGAAGAAGGAGAAGAAGUUUGAUGGCGUUUAUCUUCUGGUUUUCUAUUUUUCUGGUGGCCUCCGCGGCUGCUCAGCACGACGAUCAGGCAACCAUGUCAGCUCUUCAGAAGGAGCUAGCAGUAUCCCGAUGGGACGCCAACAACUCCAACUACUGCUCAUGGGAUGGCGUCCGCUGCAAUUCCAACCGUUCGAUCGAAAGGCUUGAGCUCAGUCACCGUGAACUCCGAGGUAAUCUAUCUAUAAUCUCCCAACUCAAAGCUCUCAAGUGGAUAGACCUCUCUUACAAUAACUUCCAUGGAGAAAUCCCUUCCACACUUGGCAAUUUAACCGAUCUCGAGUUCCUUGAUUUGUCCGGAAACCAGUUCGGGAACUCGAUCCCACCUCAGCUAGGUAACAUCAAAAGCCUCCGGUCAUUAAAUCUCUCAAACAACAUGCUUUCUGGGAAGAUACCUGACGAAUUGCGGGGCUUGGAAAGUUUGCAAAAUCUUCAGAUAUCCGGAAAUCAAUUGAACAGCUCCAUCCCUUACUGGCUUGGCAAUUUAACGAGCCUGAGAGUUUUCUCGGCUUAUGAGAACAACUUAGAUGGCCGGAUUCCUGAAAACCUAGGCUCAGUUUCGGAACUCCGGGUUUUGAACCUCCACUCGAACCAGCUCGAAGGGCCCAUACCCAAAAGCCUCUUUGCUUCCGGGAAACUGGAAGUUCUCGUUCUGACCCUGAACAAAUUGAAUGGGAGCCUUCCUGAAUCGGUUGGCAAAUGUAGAGGCCUUUCAAGUCUCCGGAUUGGGAACAAUAAGCUUGAAGGAAGCAUCCCCGUAGCUAUUGGCAAUGUUAGUAGCCUUACAUACUUCGAAGCAGAUAACAACCUCCUUUCUGGCGAGAUCGUGGCAGAGUUUGCUCUGUGCUCUAAUCUCUCACUUUUGAAUUUGGCCUCAAAUGGGUUUACAGGGAUGGUCCCGCCAGAGCUCGGGGAGCUUAUGAACCUUCAGGAGUUGAUUGUUUCGGACAAUAGUCUUGUCGGAGAUAUCCCAAAAUCUCUCCUCAGGUGCAAGAACUUGAGCAAGCUUGAUCUGAGUAGUAAUAGAUUCAAUGGCAGCAUACCCGAAGGCCUUUGCAACAUGUCAAGAUUGCAGUUUCUGCUCUUGGAUCAGAACUCUUUGAGAGGUGAGAUUCCUCACGAGAUCGGGAAUUGUAUGAGAUUGCUCGAAUUGCAAAUGGGCAGUAACUACCUGACUGGUUUUAUCCCUCCUGAGAUUGGCCAUAUCAAGAACUUGCAGAUAGCUUUGAAUCUGAGCUUCAAUCACCUUUAUGGCCCAUUGCCCCAUGAGUUGGGGAAGCUUGACAAACUUGUCUCGUUGGAUGUCUCUAACAAUCGGCUCUCGGGAAGCAUUCCUUCGGAACUUCGGGGUAUGAUGAGCUUGAUCGAUGUCAAUUUUUCGAAUAAUCUGUUCACAGGACAGGUGCCUGUCUUUGGACCAUUCCAGAAGAACCCGAGUUCGAGCUUUUCAAGUAAUAAGGGGCUCUGUGGAGCACCAUUGAGCUCCUGUGGAAACCCUUUUGGUUCUGGCCAUGGGGCCGACCACCACAAGGUCUCGUACAAGAUUAUAUUGGCGGUUAUUGGUUCUGGUUUGACGGUUUUCAUUACAGUAACGGCUAUCGUUCUGCUGUUUAUGAUGAGGGAGAGGCAAGAGAUGGCUGCCAAGGCUGCUGCAGUUGCUGUGGAUGAAGCAGCGUCUCCCCCAUCAAUAAUUGCAAGCAACGUCUUUGUUGAGAAUUUGAAACAAGCCAUCGAUUUCGACAGCACCGUCAAAGCAACUCUGAAGGAUUCAAAUAAGCUCAGCAGCGGGACUUUCAGCACUGUUUACAAGGCAGUUAUGCCAUCCGGAUUGACCCUGUCUGUGAAGAGGCUGAAAUCCAUGGACAGAACAGUGAGUCAUCAGCAGAACAAGAUGAUAAGGGAACUCGAACGGCUGGGGAAGCUCUGCCAUGAUAAUCUGAUGAGACCCAUUGGCUUCGUCAUCUAUGAAGAUGUGGCCCUCUUGCUGCACCAGUACUUGCCGAACGGGACACUAGCUCAGCUACUUCAUGAUGGAAAUCAAUCUGAGUUCGAACCAGAUUGGCCAAGACGGCUUUCCAUUGCGAUCGGAGUGGCAGAAGGGCUGACCUUCCUUCAUCAUGUCACAAUUAUCCAUCUCGAUAUUUCUUCAAUCAACAUUUUUUUGGAUGCCAAUUUCAACCCUUUGAUCGGAGAGAUUGAGAUAUCAAAGCUCUUGGAUCCAUCUAAAGGCACCGCAAGCAUCAGCGCAGUCGCAGGCUCUUUUGGGUAUAUUCCCCCAGAAUAUGCUUACACAAUGCAAGUGACAGCACCGGGAAAUGUUUAUAGCUAUGGAGUUGUGUUGCUUGAGAUCCUCACAACCCGACUGCCGGUCGAUGAAGCCUUUGGUGAAGGUGUUGAUCUGGUGAAAUGGGUUCACAGCGCAUCGGCUAGGGGAGAGACCCCUGAGCAGAUACUGGACGCGAAGCUGAGCACUGUCUCAUUCGCUUGGAGGAAACAGAUGCUGGCAGUGCUCAAGGUUGCCUUGCUAUGCACCGACACCACACCAGCGAAAAGGCCUAAAAUGAAGAAGGUGGUCGAAAUGCUCCUAGAAGUGAAGGACGAUGCUCCCUAAUCUGUUUAAUGAGCUGUCUGCCAAUUCCGAGUCUGCUGGUCAAGAGUCUGGUAGUUGUGAAGUUCUGAUUCUGUUUAGAUAUGAAAGUCCUAGAGAAAAAUGAUGGGUGGGAUCGGUUAAUACAUCAGCUCGACGGCUUGUAUUUAUUCAUGGUUUUUGGAGAGGCAUCGGUCAUCAUCUGUUAUUUCAGUUGAUUUUGGGAAUUGGUUGGCGGGUUGAGCUGCAACAUCAAAUAAGGCAGGCAUUUUCGUGGAGCCCUUGAAUAAGGCCGGCAUUUUCUGGUUUCUGUGGGACAUUAGGCCUUUAAUCAUAUCUGAUUGGAGUUGCUAAUCUGUCUGAGAUUCUGAAGAACGAUGUGCAAUAUAGCAUAGAAUUCGGAGGAUGUGUCUUAUGAGGAUUGCAAGAAGCAGCCACCUGCUCACCACCAUCUUGUGAGUUUCGGUGGAAUGUUGAUGUCAUAUUUAUAAUCUAUGUUUUCAGAAUAUCUAUCCAUUCCAUCAUCUUUAAUGUAUUGGAUUUUUCUUGUAUUCUUCUGGUUAAAAGGCUAGCUAGAGCCCCGUUUGGAUGCA